AUGUCAGCAGAUACAGAAAGUAAACCUGAUUGUGAAGAAAAAAGUACCAAAGAGUGGAAAGGAUUAGAAUCAGUUAGCAACGAGGUUGAGAAAGCCGCUACGAAAAUAAACGUUGCUCAUCAACAAUAUCAUCAAGAUAUUGAUGGCUUAAUAGAAUACGUUGCUAAUGUACAACAACAAUUUACAGCCUUAAAAGAGACCGAUCAAGAUCCUAUAUCCAGCUUUUCAAUCAUUCAGUCCUUAACGCGAACCAUAGAACGUAUCAAGGAGACUGUAUCGAAAAUUUCCAGUAAUCAUAAAGAACUUCAUUCCAGUAUUUCGAAAAUAGGAAAGGCUAUUGAUAAGAACUUUGUAACGGAUGAUCAUAUACUGGGCAAGGAAGACGUCGUGGACGCAAAUAAACAAGGCGCAUUAAUGGAAAUCAUCUGUGAACAUUUACUACGGCUUGGUUGUAUCGAUGUCGGUAGAACCCUUAUUAAGGAGGCAGAAUUAGAUUGGGACGAAUCUAGACUAGAGCCUUUUAUGGAAUUAAAUCAGAUCCUGCGGGCAUGUAGAGACCAUAACUUAGAUCCUGCAAUGCAAUGGGUAGUGCAACACAAACCUGCCUUGGAUGCUAGAAAUAGCCCGUUAGAGUUUAUGUUACAUCGAAUUAAAUUUAUAUCGCUAUUGCAAGAUAAUGAACGCCGGGCUUUGGAAUAUGCUCGUCAUUUUAGCAGCUGUAGCCAAAGACAUCAAAAAGAAUUACAAAAGUUGAUGGCAUGUUUCCUAUUCAGUAAAAAUGGUCGUCUUUCAACUUCACCCUAUGCGACGUUUUUGAAUCCCAAUAUUUGGAUGGAGGUUUGCGAUGUCAUUGUUAGUGAUGCUUGUGCUCUAAUGGGUCUACCAUGCGAGAGCUCGUUAGCUAUAAGUUUAAAUGCGGGUUGUUUAGCUGCAACUUCUCUUCUAAUGCUCAAGUCUCAAUUAAAGUAUCCUCACUUACAUGAUGUUUGGUCGAACGCUGAUGAAUUGCCUAUUGAGAUUGACUUGGGCCCGAAAUAUCGGUUCCAUUCGGCAUUUGCUUGUCCAGUAAUGCGAAGUAGAAGUACGGAAGCGAAUCCACCCAUGAGGCUUUCUUGUGGACAUGCAAUUUCCAAAGAAGCUGUCAACAAGCUAUUAACUGGCAGCAAGCCUAAUCUCGAUUACAUGUAA